CAAGUCUGAAAGCUUUGGUUAAAGAAUGAUGGUUAUGUGACUAUGAUGGUGACCUAGUGAUCAGUGAGCUACCUUGGAUUUUCUCACACGGUUCUUGGUAACUCGUCCGCCUGUUUCGUCCCUGGCACCAUGGUCCACUGCACACAUGAAGCGUGUAAAACUAGUCUCAUGUCAGGGAAAAAAAUCUUCAGGAGAACACAAAUUUUAUGGCUACUUCUUCACUACUAGACAAUACUUAAAUAAAAACAUAUAAAAGUUGUCAAGCCAAUAAUACUUAUUUGAAGCAAGCAGUAGGCUGUCAAUAGUCAAGAAAGGUGUGCAUCCCAGAUUCUUAUCAAGGAUGGGGAAGACCAGAAAUUUCAGAGUAUCGACAACCAAACGGAUACAAAACAUUAUUUCCAAACGACAAAGGUAGUUAAUACUACUAGAUGAUAAUUACAACCGCGCGUUGGCAGCACAUUGCAUGCCUAGGAUAGAGGAAUAAUGUAGAGAUUAGCUUCCGUCAAAAAAGAACAAUAACCUAGAGAUAAGCAUCAUCUCAAGUUAUAACACAUACGGUACAUACGACAGACCCUUUGUCUGUAAUACCUUAUCAUCAGCGAACAUGUCACUAUCUAUGGAGAUAAAUAACUAUUGAGGAAUGAUGCUAGAUUUCAUACUAGUUUGACUAAUCACAACCUUACAAAAGUCACAGACAACAACAUGCGUCCAUAAAAGAAUGAUAAAGAUUUUUUGCUCGACAUGACUCAGGAUUUCAGCUCUAACUCAGGGAUGUGAAACUGGGACUUCCCUCAGCUUAGCUAAAUUUCAUUUGGAUAGGUGGAAAAUAGAGCAGUGUGCCAGCUUGGCACUUCAUAACUGGGUGGCUUUUCCCCAUAUCUGAUUCUAGAAAUUUAAACCAAGAUUAAAAAAAGAGGCCUUUCUUGUUUGGAAAAUUAUAUCUUAUGCCAUGUCACAGAAUACAGAGAUCUGCUAUAUAAUUAAAAAACUUUUUUUUUUUUGUUAAUCAAUCAACUCAGGAGUUCAAUAAUGAGUAAGCAUUAUGUAUACUUUCCUCAAGAAGGUCUUAAAGUUCUUUUUUUGUGUUUGCUAAUCUCCCCUUCAAAUUCAAAUAAACAUGUGAGACAAAAAAAGGUACCAAUGAAGAGGAAAGUCUGUCCAAAAAGGAUUUUGGGAUCAUGAGAGAAUCAAAGGUAUAUAUGCACAUACCGAUGUAAGAUAUAUGUACUGUGGAAAGGAAUUAGACUCUCAUUAUUCCAAUAGAGUACUGCACUUAGUUGGAAUUUUCUAAUCUCCUAGUGUCUUGGGAAUUGUACUUGUAUAAUUCACCUUUAGAAAAUCCAAGGGAACACAAUUAAAAAUUCCUAAGGUAGCCAUCUAGAGAUCUAGAUUAUUCUGUGAGGAGGCUUAAUUAUAGGAAACACGACAUACAUUAGAUGCUAAGUACUUGACAUUGAGUUAGUUUAUUAAUUAAGUGAAUUGUAUAUUAGAUCACAAGGUUGCUAAUCCCAAACAUACUGCAGAAUACAUACAUCUCAUUGAGAUCCUCACAAUGGAGACCCUACGUGAGUUACAACAGGUGAGGCUUUUAAAACUUCUUCUAUAAGUAUCUGCAGUUUAGUGCACACAAGGGUGCAAAAAGUUGGCCAAAUAGUAGGAAGGGAAACCCUACAAAGUAAGCAACCAAGAGAGCUAAGACUAUAAGUCUACAACUUAAAGCUUCGCUUCUUUCUUCUCUGAGCUUUUGUGCUAGCUUUUCUCCAAAUUUAACUAGUCUUUGAUAAGAGCAGAGCCAGUGCUUAGAGACCCACAUUGUUUAGCUCCGUAGAAAUAUAUGGUAGUCCCACACUGAGUGGAAGAAAGGGUUCGUUUUAGCUCCAGUAAUCAGCAGAAACCAAAAUCAUUUAGCUACUGCCAUCGAGUGAAGUUUGACCAUACAGAUUAAUCGUUAGGGUUUGUAGCUGGUAACUUCUUGUGAUUAGAAGCAGGUGAGCACUGUUUGAGAUAUACAGCAUACAGCCAGUGGUUUGUUUUACUGUGUAAACAUAUGGAUGAGAUCAGAAGUGAUGACAUAGAGAAGCAAGAUGAAGUUAUGUUACCUGGAUUCAGGUUUCAUCCAACAGAUGAAGAGCUUGUCAGGUUUUACCUUAAAAGAAAAAUCCAGCAGAAGUCUCUCCCCAUUGAGCUCAUCAGGCAGCUAGACAUCUACAAAUAUGAUCCAUGGGAUCUCCCAAAACUAGCGAGUACUGGAGAGAAGGAAUGGUAUUUCUACUGUCCAAGGGAUAGGAAGUACCGGAACAGCACAAGACCAAACAGGGUAACUGGAGCAGGCUUCUGGAAGGCCACUGGAACUGACAGGCCAAUCUACUCUUCUGAUGGGAGCAAGUGCAUAGGCUUGAAGAAAUCUCUCGUCUUCUACAAAGGUAGAGCAGCCAAAGGUGUCAAAACCGACUGGAUGAUGCAUGAAUUCAGGUUGCCAUCACUCACUGACCCAUCACUGCCGCAGAAGAAGCCACUGGAGAAGACCAUUCCACCAAAUGAUUCCUGGGCGAUCUGCAGGAUUUUCAAGAAAACCAAUUCAACAGCACAGAGAGCUCUCUCACACUCCUGGGUAUCUCCUCCGUUAUCCAGAACAAAUGAAAACUACAUUCGGCCUUCCUCACAGGCUACACAGAGAAGUCAUCACAGCUCAGAGAACACAUCCUCUACGAUGACAGACAUCAUCUCCUCCAUCCAGUUCACUGGCAGCAGUUACAUGCCUUCAAUAGUUUCCUCUUGCCGCAACCCUGCAAGCAUCAUUGACAGCAGCAGCAGGCCGGCUGCGUCACUUGUGCUCCCCUCAUCUGGUGCAGAACAUCACACCAUGAGUGUCCUCUCAGCAAUCCCGCUUGAUCUUCCAGCUGGGAUGGACAUUGCAUCAAUGGUCCUCAAUGCAUCACCAACUACACUCCAGAACCUAGAUAGGAUCCCCACAAACAUUGAGUUUGGUCAACUACACCACCCCAGCAACAGCAGCAGCAGCAUGGCCAACAGAUGCACGGUUGAUUUGCCUGACAUUGGCAACAGUGUCACCGCCGCUCCACGAUCAAUCAACUUCCCAUUCAACCUGCAAGGAGCACUGCCAGAUGACUGGAGGAUGACCUUGCCUUGGGACUCUCUCCCUUGCACAACCGAGGUCUCAACAAAUUACCAGUCGACUAAGUGCUAUACUUAGUUUGUAUUCUGUACUAAUGUAGGCUUUGGCUUUAUAGUGCAGCAGACAGUAGUACCUAAUUCACCUUUUGGAGCUUCUACCUCCAUCUGCUAGCAUUGCUGUUAUCAUGGAGGGGUAUUAGAAUUUCGUUGUGUUAACAGCGAAGCUAGCAGAGUUAUUAGGAUGCAUUUGUGUGAGUUAGUACCUUUUGUGUAACGUAGGAGCAGUUCUGAUCUUCAUGUUUCAUGUGUAACUCUCUAAGACUGCAAGUCUAACUUAGCUUCAG